GUGUUUGACUGUAGAUCGUAGACUGUAGAGUUCCUACUUCUUUAGUUCUAUGUUCUAUGUAUUUCCUAAAUUUCCUUAGCUCUACAAAAAUUCCCAAUUUUCUCUUUCAAGAUUUCAAAAUGGAAGAACAAACCCUAAUAAAUGGCGAGAACAUGAUGAGUAUCGACAACAACAUCAACAAUGGCGGCUCUGUAAACAAUCUACAACAACAAGAUCGACUAAGCUCUCUCCCUGAACCACUCCUUACCAAAAUUCUCACUCAUCUCCCCCUCCAUUCCGCCGCUACCACAUCCGUCUUAUCCCACCGUUGGCGCCACCGCUGGACCAAAGUCUCUCGCCUCAUCUUAGACAGCUAUCACUUCCACAUGUCCCACAGCUCCCAUGGGUACCUCAAAUUCGCUAAAUUCUCCGCCACCGUCAACCACAUUCUUCAACAAGUCACUCCCCCGACAAUCCGGACAUUCUUCCUUCGUUACCCGUACCCUGAAACUGAAGACGAAAUCGAAAAGUGGUCCUCCUUUUUUGCCAUCUGGAUUCGUCAGAUUUGCAGCCGGAAUCCCGAAGAACUCAUGGUAACUCUUCAACCCCCUGGCGAAAUUUCCCCUCUCCUUACUUUACCAGCUUGUGUUUUCGAAACGCUUUCUUUAGUAAAACUCGAAUUAUGUGGUCGUUUUGUUUGUGAGUUUCCUGAUAAUACUAAAAAUAGAGGUUUUGUUUUGCCUAAUUUGAAAACCCUAGAGUUGAAUUCAGUUCAUAUGAGUCCUGAUUUGAUGGGUAAGUUUGUGAAGUGUUGCCCAUUGUUGGAAUCUUUAUCUUUGGAUUUAAAAUGGGUUGAGAAUCGACUUGUUAUGGAAAUAUCGGGUGCGAAUUUGAAGUUCUUAGAUGUGGAAAUGAAUGGAUCUUCCGAGCACAGCAAGUUUCUGAUUGAUGCACCCCAGUUGGAAGAUAUUCGGCUACAUGGUUGUUUCGCGUAUUAUCAUUUUGUUAACAAUCAAAGUACAUUGAUUGAAGCUAACCUUGGCUUUCAUCCAACUACCAUUUUCCAAGGAAAGAAGGAUAAUCUUAGCUGCUUUUCUGUGCUUUUUGGAGAGAUUUCUAGUGCUAAGGUCCUUCACUUGUGGGAUAAUCUUGAUGUGCUUAACUGUGUUAAUGCCAAUGUCUUGAAAAGCUUCAAUUAUCUGACCGGGCUUCGCCUGACUUAUGUGUCGGCUUUCAAGGGGAAUCCCAUACCUGCUUGUUUGUUAGCUAAGCUUAAGUGGAUAGAGAUGGAUGAAAUUAAUGGGAGUGACAAUGAUCUCAAGUUGCUAAAGUACAUCCUUCGUAAGGCUGAGGUUUUAGAGGAGGUUUUUGUUAAGGUUUCUUUCAUGGAGGUAGCCACAGAUGAUGAAACUGAUCAGGAUUUACUAUGGAAGGAAAUCGAGUUUUGUAGGAAAUUGUUCAAGCUUUCAAGGAAGUCAUUGACUUGUGAGAUUCAGUUCUCUGGUGAUUAUAUACAAUCAUCAAGUAAGCACUCUCAAAAUGGAUCAAUUGUUUGUCAAGUUGAUUCCUUGAAUCAGUACGAACUGCUCCUGCAAAUGUGAAGUAAGAAAAGAUAAGAAGCAUUGCUAUUUUGUCGAGUGAGCAAAGGGUUUGGAUAUGUUGCUUCUGCAAUCUGCUCUCUCCUCUGGUUUUAUGAUCACGGGAAAAUCCUGAUAAUAUUAUCUUUGUAAGAAAAAGCUUUUGUGCGACGGAUGUCAUGGAGACGAUUUAAACCUGAAUUUCUACUUUGCUUUUGUUAUAUACUUGUAUCUAAUUCAUGACCAUGGGGACGAUUUAUACCCUCUAGAAGAUCUUUAGGCAUCAAGGAUUUCCUGUAAAAUUUACCUUGCUCUGCUCCUUUUGUUAGUCAAUUGUAAGAACUUGUUACUAUGUGAGAAGCAUGAUUCUGGAAUUAUAAUCAUUUUGUUAAUUAAUCAACUAAUGAGAAGACUUGAGUUUCCAUGUAUACUAAC